AUGGCAUCAUCUUCUACUCCUGCGUCUUAUUCUACAGAUCCUGCUCUCUACUUGUAUACAUCAUUGACUUCCGGUUCAUCGCACAUUGUUACCGCUACGUCGAGGUUAGAGACCAUCUUGAAAGCAAACAGAAUCCCUUUCAAAGCGCUUGAUAUCGCGACCGACGAGAAGGCACGAAUGUUAUGGGGUCGCAGAGCUGGUAAAGAUGAAUCAGGGCGUGCUAGAAAGAUCCCAGGCUUGGUUCAAAUGGGGCUUGUUCUUGGUGAUCUCGUUGAAAUUGAGGAUUGGAACGAGUACGGCGAAUUGAAGCAACAUAUCAAGAUUGUGCCUGUAUCGGGACCCGGUGCGAAUCCUGCCAUCACAGCAAAAGUUCCAACAAAUACCCAAGAGAAUAACAAACCGGCUGUGGCUCCCGCCGCACCUCCUGCGUCGACAUUCAGAUCCGUCGAAUCGAAACCUCCAUCUGGAGCUGCCGAAACAACCAUCACAUUAGCCAUGCGACAAGCAACUCAGGAAGCAGCACAGAAGGCAAAGGAUAUGAAGAAAAAGGCAACAGAAGCAUUAAUUAACGCUACCAAAUCCGAACCUAAGAAAGCACUACAACCUGCCAUUGUACCCACUGUACCCACUCCUAAAGAGAGGCACACUUUCGAAAUAAUCACUAUACUACAAAAUUCCGAUGACUCAACCUGGAGCGCCGCGCCAUUUUCCGAAUCGAGAGCCUCCCGUAGAGCAUCCAUACAUAAGUUGGAGUCUUUGCAGUCGCCAACUUCCACAGCUUGGCGACCAAAGGAUGUUGAUCCGCCUAUUUUGAUGCACCGAGGUUCAUCUGUAUCAUCAGGAUCUGCGGAGGAGAUCAAGCAAAUUGAGGAUGAAGAAACGAUACCCGAGGAGGAUGAAGACGAAGAAUCAGAUUCAGACAAGUGA